AUGGCUGCUAAGCCUAUCAUACUGCCAGAUGCAUACUCGGGAGAGACCAACUGGGAACAGUGGCUGUUACAUUUCAACGACUGCGCGGAUGUGAACUCGUGGGACGCGGCCAAUAAAUUGAAGUUUCUCAGGGUGAGGUUGACUGGCAGAGCUCAAACGGUCUUCCACCGACUCUCUGACACCGAUAAAGCAUCAUUUGAUGAUGCAGUUUUGGCAUUAGAGGCGCAUUUUGAGCCAAAGGGGAAAAGAGAAUUAUAUCUUGCUGAUUUCUCCACUCGCACUAAGAGGCUAACAGAGACUUGGGUGGAGUAUGCUGAUGAGCUACGGGGGUUGGUAGAGAAGGCCUACCCAGAUCUCAGUGCGGCAGCACACGAGCAGCUUGCCCUCACUCAGUUAUUUAAUUCUAUUACAGACCCACAAGUGGUCCUCGCAGUAAAACAGAAGAAUCCGAAAUCUUUGUCUGAGGCUGUCACAGCAACAUUACAAAUUGAAUGUAUUCUAACCUCUACUCGUGUUGCUUCAACGAGCUCCCCGAAAGAUGAACCGGUCAGUUUGCCAGCACACUCAGUUUCUCAGGAUGACAGGCUGUUGGAGCUUAUUGCAAAGUUGUCUGAUAAAAUUGAUAAUAUGGCCACACAGACUCGUCAGCCUCGCUAUAAUAACAGACCACGUCCAGCACAACAAAGGCCUGUUUCAGGACUACCCGACUCUUCUCAGACUCCUAGACGGCCUGUUGUAUGUUUCAGGAGUACCACUCUGUGUGCUGUUCUCAAUGACACCGUUCGUAUUCCACCAUACUCUGAACUGGAGACCUUGGCUUUUGUUAAUGAUUUUGCUUGUGAAAGUGGUAUCUGGCUAGUUGAAGACAAUUUGUCUACAUCCAAGAGACUCAACUCUACAGUGGCAAGGGCCAUUGUGACUCCAAAUAAUCAUAUAGUGGUACGCCUUAUUAAUCUAGCUAAUACACCUGCCACUAUCUACAAGGGCACUCGUGUCACAAGUGACAACCACUCCCUCAUUACAUAA